GGUCCCCCGAUCAGCAUGUGGCUCCUGGCGCUGUGUCUGGUGGGGCUGGCAGGGGCUCAGCGCGGGGCAGGGGGUCCCGGCGGCUCCCCAGGCGGCCCGGGCCCGGGCCUGGGCCUCAGCAGCCUCGGGGACGAGCGUUUCCCAGUGGUGAACACGGCCUAUGGGCGAGUGCGCGGUGUGCGCCGUGAGCUCAACAACGAGAUCCUGGGCCCCGUCGUGCAGUUUCUGGGCGUCCCCUACGCCACGCCGCCCCUGGGCGCCCGCCGCUUCCAGCCGCCUGAGGCCCCCGCCUCGUGGCCCGGCGUGCGCAACGCCACCACCCUGCCGCCCGCCUGCCCGCAGAACCUGCACGGGGCGCUGCCCGCGAUCAUGCUGCCUGUGUGGUUCACCGACAACUUGGAGGCGGCCGCCACCUACGUGCAGAACCAGAGCGAGGACUGCCUGUACCUGAACCUCUACGUGCCCACCGAGGACGGUCCGCUCACAAAAAAACGUGACGAGGCGACGCUCAAUCCGCCAGACACAGAUAUCCGGGACUCCGGGAAGAAGCCGGUGAUGCUGUUUCUCCACGGCGGCUCAUACAUGGAGGGCACCGGCAACAUGUUCGAUGGCUCCGUCCUGGCCGCCUAUGGCAACGUCAUUGUAGCCACGCUCAACUACCGGCUUGGGGUGCUCGGUUUUCUCAGCACCGGGGACCAGGCUGCAAAAGGCAACUAUGGACUCCUGGACCAGAUCCAGGCCCUGCGCUGGCUCAGUGAAAACAUCGCCCACUUUGGGGGUGACCCCGAGCGCAUCACCAUCUUUGGGUCUGGGGCAGGGGCCUCCUGUGUCAACCUUCUGAUCCUCUCUCACCAUUCGGAAGGGUUGUUCCAGAAGGCCAUCGCCCAGAGCGGCACUGCCAUUUCCAGCUGGUCUGUCAACUACCAGCCGCUCAAGUACACGCGGCUGCUGGCGGCCAAGGUGGGCUGUGACCGUGAGGACAGCGCCGAGGCCGUGGAAUGUCUGCGCCGGAAGCCCUCCCGGGAGCUGGUGGACCAGGACGUGCAGCCCGCCCGCUACCACAUCGCCUUCGGGCCCGUGGUGGACGGUGACGUCGUCCCCGAUGACCCUGAGAUCCUCAUGCAGCAGGGAGAAUUCCUCAACUAUGACAUGCUCAUUGGUGUCAACCAAGGAGAAGGCCUCAAGUUCGUAGAGGACUCCGCAGAGAGCGAGGACGGCGUGUCCGCCAGCGCCUUCGACUUCACCGUCUCCAACUUUGUGGACAACCUGUAUGGCUACCCGGAGGGCAAGGAUGUGCUUCGGGAGACCAUCAAGUUCAUGUACACGGACUGGGCCGACCGAGACAACGGCGAGAUGCGCCGGAAGACGCUGCUGGCGCUCUUUACAGACCACCAGUGGGUGGCGCCGGCUGUGGCCACUGCCAAGCUGCACGCCGACUACCAGUCCCCCGUCUACUUUUAUACCUUCUACCACCACUGCCAGGCUGAGGGCCGGCCCGAGUGGGCAGACGCAGCGCACGGGGACGAACUACCCUACGUCUUCGGUGUGCCCAUGGUGGGUGCCACCGACCUCUUCCCUUGCAACUUCUCCAAGAAUGACGUCAUGCUCAGUGCUGUGGUCAUGACCUACUGGACCAACUUCGCCAAGACUGGCGACCCCAACCAACCGGUGCCGCAGGACACCAAGUUCAUCCACACCAAGCCCAACCGCUUCGAGGAGGUGGUGUGGAGCAAGUUCAACAGCAAGGAGAAGCAGUACCUGCACAUCGGCCUGAAGCCGCGCGUGCGCGACAACUACCGCGCCAACAAGGUGGCCUUCUGGCUGGAGCUCGUGCCGCACCUGCACAACCUGCACACGGAGCUCUUCACCACCACCACGCGCCUGCCCCCCUACCCCCACCCCCCGCCGGCGGGCAGCGUCGCUCAGGAGGCUGGGAGGACGUCUCGGCGACGGGCUUUUCCUGUGCGGGCCGCCCCGCGCGAGGAGCAGGAGGUGGACUCCGGUUUCCUCUCUGCAGGAUGCCGAGAGGCCCGCCCUCUUCUCUGGACCUGGGCCUUGGAACAACUGGGGGGCGUUUUGUCCCCUCCAUUGGGACACCAGUCUUAG